AUGAGCGGUCUUACGAAAGAAAACUACGCGGCAAAGGAAAGCUCGCUGCAAUCCUUAGCCCUCCGCGCAACACAACGCGCUGCCGCCCUCCCUUCUUCCUCGGACUUGUCCUUUCAUCGCUCUCUCGACCGCUCUUUGGCUGCUCAACUGGAUGCUGCCAGCUUACGUGCUCUUGCUCUGACAAAUUCCUUGCUUAAACUCGCUGCUACCGUCUCGAGCACGGAUGGGAAGGGGAAGGGAAAGAUGGUGGAAUUGGAGGACGCGGAGGACUUUGACGAUAGAUUCGCCGGUGCUGUAGUGGAGAGGAUGGACCGGCUCCUUGAGCGCGCCGAUGCGGCUCUCGAUAUUGCUGCUGGGCGCUCGCGUGCACCGGCUAUUGCCGUAAACCCUCAGCCGCAAGCUGCAUCCAAGGCGAAGAAAACGAGGACAGGAGAGGGUGGGAACGGAGGAGAGACGCUACCCGUUGUGGUACAACACGCGGCGCAUCUGCCGAAGCCGCAAGUCAAAUGGGCUGGCGCUACGAUUCCGCGAACGCAUAAAUGGCACGCGCGUGUACCGGAGGGAUAUGUCUUGACCGACGCGGACUUACCGGAGGGCGUCAUCAGCGAAGAUGGAGAAGGCGUCGCGAAGGUGCAACAUCCGUACGCGUACGAGAUCACACAUCUCGUCCACCCUAGACGAAUGUUUGUAUCUUCUCCGCCCAUACCCUUCACUCCGCUUGACGAGACGCCCUAUACGCUAGUGGACACGCCUGAACUGCUGCGCGACAUGGCUGCGGUAUUGAAGCAGGCGACGGAGGUUGCGGUGGACUUGGAGCAUCAUAGCUACAGGAGCUACGAGGGCUUCGUGUGCCUGAUGCAGGUCAGCACUAGGGAGAGGGAUUGGAUCGUCGACUGCCUGGUGCCGGAAGUGAGGAGGGAGAUGGGCUGUCUGGGAGAGGUAUUCGCGGACCCGAAUAUCGUCAAGGUACUACACGGCGCCGAAUCAGACGUGGUCUGGCUUCAGCAAAACUUCAACCUCUACCUCGUCAACCUCUUCGAUACCUACCACGCGACGCAUCUCCUCAACUUCCCGAGACAUGGCCUCGCCACUCUCUUGGAACUCUAUGCCGACUUCAGCCCCGACAAGCGAUACCAACUGGCUGACUGGCGCAUACGGCCGUUACCGGACGAUAUGACGCGCUACGCUCGCGCAGACACGCACUUCCUACUAUUCGUGUACGACUGCGUACGCAACGCCCUCCUCGACCGUGCGCUCAGCCGAUCUGCAUCACCGGCGAGCGAAGGUGGCAGUGCAGGAGAGGGCGCAGAACCGGAUAAGGAGAGACUGGUGAAGGAGGUGCUGAGGCGGAGCGCACAGACCGCGCUGAAGGUUUUCGUGCCCGAGACGUACGACUCGUCAGGAACUGGACCAGGAGGAUGGGAUACGCUCGCUAGGAAAUGGAACAAGGCGAACUUGAUGGCGGAUGCGAGACCGAGUGUACAGCGUGCGGUGUAUGUCGCUGUGCAUGCUUGGAGGGAGAAGGUUGCGAAGGAGGAGGACGAGAGCGUUCGCUACGUUCUUCCCAAUACGCCACUCUUGACCCUCGCGGACCGCACACCGGCAGAUAUGCCCGCCCUCCUAGCAUGUUUCGGAAGGAGUCCGCCUCCUGUAGUACGGCGCCGUGCUGGAGAACUACUCGAAGUUGUGCGCAAAGCUGUCAAGCAGGCGCUAGUCGAGAGCGGCGCGGCUGGGAAGAGUGCGGCCGAAGUGGAGGCGGCCGCGAAAGAACAGGACCAGGCGGAGAGGAUGGAUGUCGAUACUCCUGCGCCCGUACCAGCGCCUACAUUCGCGCCCGCGGCAGCGUCUGCACCCUCGCUAUGGACUACAUCCGCUACCGCUUCGAGCUCUGUGACAUCAUCCUCGUCGCUUUUCCCAAGUGCAGCCGCCUCGUUACUCGCGCCCACACCGUCCGCGCCAUCACCCUUCGCCGCAUCGACCUCUGCACUCUUCUCGUCUGCGACCUCCUCCGCCCUCUUCAACACACCACCCGCCUCCGUACCAGCCUCAUCAACAUCAAAAGCCGCAGAACGACUCGUGCGCCUCGAAGCCGCCCGCGCCAAGCUUGGAGGCGGUAUGCGCGUUGGACCCGCCGCACCAUCAAUCGUCGCCGAGCCAACGCCGACGCUGACGAUGGCGGAAAGCGCAAACUCGGCCGAAGCCGCGGACGCCGGAGAUGCCGAGCUCGUAGGCGCUACAGCCGCCCACGCCUACGUUCCCGCUUCACAGCGUAACGCCGAUACCGAGUUCGUGCCGUUGCAGGAUACACUCGUGCAGGUCGGGAUGGCAGGUGGGAAGAGGAAGCGGAAGAGGCCGGCGCAGACGUCUGCGAAGAGGAAGGAUGGCGAGGCGGGGGAUAAGAAGAUUGAGGAAGGGGAAGAGGAGUUCGAUUAUGCGAGUGCGCCGAAUUUGUUGGAUGGGUAUGAUGCGGCUGUCGAGAAGGUUGGCGAGAGGGAGAGGAAGAAGAGGAGGGCGAAGGAGGCGAAGGGUACGCAAGCGCCUGUUGCGAGCGCGUUUGGUCGUGCACCGCGCGAUAGGACGCAGGUCAAGGGAGGGAACGUGAGCCAUACGUUCCGAGGAUGA